AUGCCGUGUCAGAAAUUACUUAUCCACAUUUGAAUUUAAUUGCAAAUAAAUUUUAUAAUGCAGUAAUUUAUAUGGAAGAGUGACUAACAAUGAUUAUUUUAAGACAUAUUUAAAAUAGUAUUAUAUUAGGUUCAACUGGUCAGUGCAAUAAUAUUCAAAAUGGUUAUAAACAAGCAAUCGUCAUUGGACGAUUUAGUUCAAUAUACACAAUUAUUUAAACCUGUAGCUACCGUAUUACAAGGAACCAUACUUCCUUUUCUAGUUAUUUACCCCAUAAUAUUCUACUGUUGGGUAUUUGUUUACGGUUUCAAUGAAAACUUUGAGGCUGGCUUUGUAAUAGUAGCAGCAGUGGCUAGUAUUCAAAUUCUCAUAUGCCUAUGCUGUUAUUGGAGUGUGCAUAUACAGUGUUUUUUGUCUUGUUCACCAGAAAACGAUCCAUUGCGAGCAGAAAUUGUUAAAGUAGUUCCAACAUCAAAUAAUGGAUUUCCAGAAGUUGUUCGCUUACACCAUACUAAGUCUACUAAAGCAGAUGACUCAAAUCCGGAUGUUUGGUUUAUAUUUCAAAAGAGCAAAUAUAUUUAUGAUUGGGAUAAAAAAAUAUUCCACACAAUUGCAUUCCCCAUUACUAAGGUUUAUGAUGAAUAUCUAGAAUCAAAAGGCUAUACUGAUGAUGAAUCUAUUUUAAUGGCAGAGAAGGAUUUUGGUAAAAAUGAAAUGAUAAUGGUUGUACCUGAAUUCAUGGAGCUGUUUAAAGAGAGAGCAACAGCUCCAUUUUUUGUAUUUCAAGUAUUUUGUGUGGCACUCUGGUGUUUAGAUAGAUAUUGGUAUUACUCCAUAUUUACUCUGGUUAUGCUGGUCAUGUUUGAGUGUACAUUAGUCCAACAGCAGCUAAGAAAUAUGGCUGAAAUAAGAAAAAUGGGAAAUAAGCCAUACAACAUAAAUGUAUACAGGAAUAGAAGGUGGCGACAAAUUAUGAGCGACCAACUACUGCCGGGAGAUGUAGUAUCACUGACAAGAUCAGUCAAUGAUAAUUUAGUUCCUUGUGAUAUAGCUCUGAUGAGAGGAUCAUGUAUUGUAGAUGAAUCUAUGUUGACUGGAGAGAGUGUUCCACAAAUGAAAGAACCAAUUGAAAAUGAAAAAGACACAAGGCAAAAUUUGGAUCCUGAAGGUGAUGGUAAAUUGCACAUGCUCUUUGGUGGGACAAAGAUUGUUCAGCAUUCAUCACCAAGCAAAAAUAUUACAUCAGGCCUCAAGGCUCCUGAUAAUGGAUGUAUUGGAUAUGUUGUCAGAAAUGGAUUUAAUACUUCACAAGGAAAGCUACUCAGAACAAUACUCUUUGGUGUAAAAAGGGUAACUGCCAAUAAUUUGGAAACAUUUGGUUUUAUUCUUUUCUUGUUGAUAUUUGCAAUUGCUGCUGCAGCUUAUGUGUGGAUAAAAGGCUGUGAAGAUCCUGAAAGGAACAGGUAUAAAUUGUUCUUAGAAUGCACAUUAAUAUUAACAUCUGUAGUGCCGCCUGAACUACCAAUAGAGCUUUCACUAGCUGUUAAUACAUCUCUGUUGUCAUUGUCGAGGCUGGCUGUAUUUUGUACUGAACCAUUCAGAAUACCCUUUGCAGGAAAGGUUGAGAUUUGUUGUUUUGAUAAAACAGGCACACUGACAAGCGAUAAUUUAGUGGUGGAAGGUGUGGCUGGUGUUGGAGAUCAUAAAGAUGCAACAGUAGUUCCAUUAUCUGAGGCACCAGUAGAGACUAUUCAGGUUUUAGCAUCCUGUCAUUCUCUUGUGCAACUGGACGAUGGAAUUGUUGGGGAUCCUUUAGAGAAGGCAACACUGAAGGCUGCAGAAUGGAACCUAACAAAAGGUGAUGCAGUUGUGCCAAAGAAAGGAAAGUCACCAGGAUUAAAAAUUAUCCAUAGAAAUCAUUUUUCUAGUGCUCUUAAAAGGAUGUCCGUGGUAGCAGGCUAUCAAGUUAAUGAGAGAGGUUUUAUGGAAUCUCAUUACAUCAGCAGUGUAAAAGGAGCACCAGAAACAAUAAAAACUAUGCUGAAAGAAGUCCCUAGUCAUUAUGACCAUGUGUAUUUAACAUUAUCAAGGAGAGGUGCAAGAGUUUUAGCACUGGGCUAUAGAAAUUUGGGCAAAUUAAGUUCACAGGAAGUAAGAGAACUGUCUCGUGAAGAUGUAGAAUCAGCUUUGACAUUUGUAGGUUUUGUUAUAAUAUCAUGCCCAUUAAAAACGGACUCUAAGAAAGCAAUAGCUGAAAUAUUAAAUGCUUCACAUUCUGUUGUAAUGAUAACUGGUGACAAUCCAUUAACCGCAUGUCAUGUAGCUAAGGAGCUCAAGUUUACACAAAAAGAAGUACUUGUAUUGUCAAAUAGUAAGGAGGAGUGGAGCUGGAGAUCUAUUAAUGAAGACAUAGACUUGCCAACAAAACCAUUCAAGACAUCUAAAGAAUUGACAUCAAAGUAUGAUUUGUGUAUAACUGGUGAAGGCUUAUCAUUUUUAAAUGAUAAUGAUCAUAAAUUCCUCCGUGAAAUAAUACCAUUCAUUAAAGUUUUUGCUCGAUUCGCACCAAAGCAAAAGGAGUUUGUAGUAGUGACAUUAAAGUCCCUGGGAUAUAUUACUCUUAUGUGUGGCGAUGGCACCAAUGAUGUAGGAGCACUGAAACAUGCUGAUGUAGGUGUUGCAAUCUUAGCUAAUGCACCAGAGAGGCCUAGAGAGAAGCCCCGUGAAGAGAGACCUCCAGAACCGGAACCCAGGAGACCACCAGGCCUUCGGGACCCAAGAGCUGAGGCCAGAGCUGAAGCCGCCGCCAGACUCCGAAGAGCCAUGAAGAAGCUGGAAGAGGAAGAUCAGCCCCAAAUAGUUCGCUUAGGAGAUGCCAGUGUUGCCGCACCUUUCACCAGUCGACUGUCCAGUAUAUUUUGUAUUUGCCACAUAAUCAAACAAGGCCGCUGUACUCUCGUCACAACCCUGCAAAUGUUUAAGAUACUGGCUCUGAAUGCAUUGAUAUUGGCAUACAGUCAAUCUGUUCUAUAUCUGGACGGUAUCAAGUUCAGCGAUACUCAAGCUACACUUCAAAGUUUAUUGCUGGCUUCAUGUUUUCUGUUUAUUUCAAGAUCUAAGCCACUAAAGCAGCUGUCGAAACAGCGCCCUCUACCGAACAUAUUCAACUUGUAUACCAUCAUGACGGUACUCACACAGUUCGCGGUACAUUUCCUGUGUCUCAUAUACUUGGUGCGGGAAGCUACGGCGCGAUCUCCCGACAGAGAUGUAACUCCCAAGCUAGACAUGGAUCUUGCUGAAGAUGAGGAGAGGCCAUUCCAACCAGAUUUAUUAAACAGUACUGUGUAUAUCAUUUCCAUGGCGUUACAAAUAUCUACAUUUGCUAUUAAUUAUAGGGGUGAGCCUUUCAUGGAGGGUCUUCGUGCCAACAAACCACUCCUGUACAGUAUUGUGAUAUCUGGUGGGACAGUAGUAGCCCUGGCUGCUGGGUUACUCCCGGACCUCUCCAGCAUGUUUGAGAUCGUUGACUUCCCGUAUGAGUAUCGAAUGAUUUUACUGCAAGUGUUAGCAGCGGACAUGUUCUUCUCAUAUCUGGCCGACCGCCUGUGUCUGAUGUUGUUUGGGGAAGGUCGCGCCACUCCGCCCACCUAACGACACAUUCCCGACUAUUUCCGACAAUAUAAUAUAUUUUAUAUACGUGUGUAUUUGACGAGAAUUUAUGUUGGUUCGAGCGAGUACAGGCACAGUAUAUAUUUGCUAAAGCAGUGUGGAACCUACGUACAAAUGUUCUAAACGACGCACGCACACAGACGCAGGUCUCAACAAGGCCAAUAAGCUGCUGUCAGUCGCUCGAGCUCUGCGCGGUUCCCAUAUUGCUUUGACUGAUAUAUUUAUACUGUGGUACCGACCUGGUUAGGGACACCAUCUGCUCAAAUAUGAUCUUAUGCAUUUAUUGUACGGAUGUGUCAUUGGUGUUUUAUUUAUUGGUAAUAAAUGUGUAGUUAUUUA